CCAAAACAAAGACAGGAGUAAGAGAUGCUGCAGUUGAGAAUUAUGAACUUUUAUCGUUAUUGCAGUGUGUCUGUACACAUACAAAAGAUUUGAUGGAUCUGAUGAAUUACAUCAAUCAGCCAUGGAAGUAUUCCUCGUCUGACAACUGACCACUGGUGUGAACUAGAACUUUGUUACUAAGAGAGUUCAAAUACCGAUCAUUCUGACACUGGUGAACCCUUUUGUAUAGUGAGAAAGGAUGUGUAAGUUUGUUGGCCUUAAAUGGGACACUUAAACAACUUGUUGUUUAUAAAGAAUCAACAACAUUAUUCUAAUUCUUUUACACCAUGGAUAGAGAGCCCACCAGAACUUAAGCAUUUUAUUGACUUGGUCAGACCGCCGCAGGCAUGGAUGCAUCUGUAAUGCGGUAUGCAGAUGGUCGAUAUGGAGCCGUCCGUAACAUCUAUGAGGAGACAAACAUUCGUCCUUUCUAUAUGUCACCUAUGCACUACCAGUCUUACUUGACAGGACGAGGUCUGGAUGAAGCUAACAUGCACGGCAUGGUCCCGCCACACAUUGUUAACAUGCCCCAUAAGUGUAAUAACUGUGGUGCUGCAUUUGAACGUGCGGAACAGCUGAAAGAACACAACUGUCUUCAGGGAGGAGUAAAACACACUAAUUACAGCAUGUAUGGUAAUAAGAACAUGGUGCCACCGGUUGUGCACCCUUCUCACAAGGAACAUGGUAAUGAGAAUGUCUUGGACUCUUUGAAGGAUCCAAGAAAUAUAGGAGAUGUGGGAAAGUCAUGCAACAACACUGUUCCCCAUGAAAGGUGUCCAAGUGCUGCUGAAUCCAUCCGGGAACAACAGCAUGGUGCUGGUCCAGGAAGAAGUGAUUUCUGUUCGGAUCAUCUUAAGGAGAGUGUCCCCCUCCCAAUUGAGCAGAAACCAACAACAUGCAGUGCAGAUAUAUGUGGUCACAACUAUGGAACGGUGGAGUACUUGCGGGAGCAGCUUCGCAUGCAGACAACAGUGAAACCUUUUAUGUGUAUCUUUUGUGGGUUGUGCUUCAAUGGGACACAUGUUAAUGACCAUAAUUGUCGUCAGAGAACAGAAAAAUCGAACACUAAUGACCUGAUGUUUGGAAGCACUGUGGAACAGUUAAGGGAACGCAUAAGUAUGCAGGUUAUGAUGAAACCAUUUCUCUGCAUCCUAUGUGGAGACUAUUUUGAGAGGACAGACAACAUCAAUGCCCAUAAUUGUGUUCCACAUGCCACUGCUGCAAUAGCCGCUGUCACUGCUGCUGCCACAUCCGAUACUACACCAAAGAAACCUGACACAGCUACAAAGACACAGGGUACAAUGCCUAAAGAGAAGCCAUAUAAAUGUUUGGAAUGCAACAAGGAUUUCAGUCGCAAGGAUCACCUGAAGAAACACAUGGGUAUUCAUGCAAAAGAGAGACCGUUCAAAUGUGAAAGGUGUGAAAAAGAUUUCACCAGAGCUGACCAUCUCAAAGAACACAUGUUUGUUCACACAGGAGAAAAGCCAUACAUGUGUGUUCUUUGCGGGAAGGGUUUUAAGAGAUCUGACCAUUUGAAGCUGCACAACUGUUCCCAGAUCACAGAGAAGCCAUUUAAGUGUGAUUUGUGUCAGAAGAGCUUUGCCAGAGUGGACCAUUUGAAAAAGCAUGGCUGCAUACAUGGCCCAGAACGUGACCGCCCUUUUAUCUGUGACAUUUGUGGGAAGGGCUUCAUAAGGAUCGACCAUUUGAAGAAACACAAACACACUCAUUCAACUGAGAAGCCAUUUAAGUGUUUUGUGUGUGGUAAGGGUUUCAACAGGUCGGAUCACCUCAAGAAGCAUACAGAUACUCAUUCAUCAGAAAGACCAUACAAAUGUGAGAUAUGUGGGAAAGGCUUCAACAGGACUGAUCACCUGAAAAAACACAAAUAUAUUCAUUCACCAGAUAAACCAUUCAACUGCGAGAUUUGUGGGAAGGGGUUCAACAGAUCAGAUCAUCUCAAAAAGCACAAUUGUACACAUACGAUCAAGUCACCCAAAGAUUCAGGAUAUCCAUCCAUGGUACUGCCAAUCCCUCGAAAUCCAGCCAUGGUUGAACCAUUGCCACAAAGUUCGGCUAUAUCAGAAUCUUUGUCACGAAAUGUUAGCCUAGAUUCAAUGUCCAGAAAUACCACCAUUGGGGAACCUAUGGCUCGUAAUGCGGCUAUGGCCAUUCCUGUAGCCCCAAAGGACUCAUCUCAAGACACCAAUGAUGAAACUACAAGCCAAAAAGAAUUUGGAUCUGAUAAGUCAACCGGUGACAAAAGUCAAAGUGCUGUCCAGAGUUCAGAACGACAAUUUUCUCCGGAUCCUUUUAAGUUUGAACAUUCAGAACACAGACUUGUACAGAAUCUCGUUGAUGAAAAUCUAAGAAAACUGUUUGCUGACAAGUCAAUAAUGGAACAAUCUACCAGGAAUGAUACACCAAGUGGUCCAGCAUUUCCACAAUCUGGACAAAUGAACAUACAGCCAGGCCAAAGUAUUUCAAGGUCAGCUCAGACAGUGCUGCAAGCUGGGCAGACAUUCACUCAGUCAGGGCAGAAUAGCACUCAAGCAGCUCAAACAUACACCCAAUCCAGUCAAAGUUUCUCACCAUCAGGGCAAAACAUAUCAGAUUCUGGACAGACUAUUACACAAUCUGGUCAAAGCAUUAGUCACACUGGCCAAACAUUUACACAAUCUGGUCAAACAUUCACGUCUGUAAGUAUGUCACCGUCAGGCCAAAGUAUGUCUCAGUCUGGACAAAGUAUGACUCCUUCAGGGCAACAUAAUGUGACCCAGGCUGGACAGAAUAUGACACAAUCUGGACAAACCAUUGCACACUCUGGACUCAAUUUUACACAAUCUGGACAGAAUAUGUCUCCUGCAGGAAACCUCUUUUCACAGUCCGGGCAUACGGGUAUGCAAAAUGGUUUCUAUAACAACACUUCAGGAUUGCAUGCAGUGAAACCGUAUGAAUUUGACCACCGUAAUGUGAACAAUUGAACAGUUAUGUAAUACCAUGUGCGAUACAUACACCUGCUGACAAAUCAAACUAUUGGUCAACAUGGGCUGCAUUUAAAAUUCUGUUCAGUGCUCGACUGGUGUUGGUAGGUUUAGGGAGGAUUCAGUAUCAUUUGUUUUCUCACUUGACCCAGAGGGAAAUGUGAGCUUGUGCAAUGGUGUGGCAUCCGUUGUCUGUCCAUCCAUUCAUCCUUAGAGAGUAAUGUAUUAUACCAAUGCAUGGGGUUUGGGGGUUGUCAUACUGAAAACAGAUUAUUUGAUUUUUUCAAAAAUAGAAAUUAUUUUCCAAAUUAAAUCCAUAUUGUCCUUGUUAGACCCCACAUGAACAUCCAUGCCAAACAUUAGGACAAUAAGAUGAUCUGACUGAACUGUACACCACUGAAGAAACUUUAACGGAGAAAAUGCACGAGAACAGUUUAGUACCCAAACACGUCCAAAAUUUCCAAAAAUAGAAAACUUUAAAUCCUUUUCACAAGUUCCUCUCAUAGCUCUAAUUAACCUUUAAACAGACAUUCCUGUCAUAGUUCUGAUCAUGUAGAUGUUGCUUUCAUAAAUUGAUCAACGGCAAGCCUUGUUAUUUUUCACAUCAUAAUAAAAAAAAAUACCUCUUGUUCUCUGCUUCAGGCAAAUAUGCUAACAGAUUUUGAUUGGAAUAAUGCUGUCAUAAAUUGGUCCUUAACAUGAAUUGCUGUUUUUUCUGGUUGAUAUUUUUUCACUGAUUGUCUUAAACACCAAAUAAUUUUAAGCACAUAUUUGGUUAGUUAGAAAUCUGAGAUUGCUAGCUAUUUUUGCUACUUGAUCUCAAGUGAUUGAAAAUAUUUCCUCUGCUUGACUAUUUCAGAUAACAAACUGGUGAGCGUUUAGGGUCCAGUGUGGAUAUUGUGCCAUUUGUUUUGAGGAAGAGUCAUAUGUAGACAGUUAUUAUGUCAUGUUGUCAAAACAUUUUGUGCCAAUUCUUUCUUUUAUGAGUAUAGACAACAGCUUUUGUUGUUAAAUUUGUAACUUUGUUCAUUUCUGUUAGAAUAGUGCUAAAAAGGAAAACUACCUACUUUAAUUUGAUCAAAGUUUAAAGAUCUAAAUACAAUGUAUAACAUAUAACUUGCAUGUUUACAAAUAUAUACCAAUGCUUUUACUGUAAUAUUCAAAUCACCCUUUGUCUCUGGUCUGUCAUGAUCAGCGUCCAUCAAUCCGUCAUUCCGUCCGCCUGUCCUUUUGUGUCAGCGUUAUCUCUUUGUACUAGUAGAGGAAUCUUUCUGGAAGGUUCCCCAUGGUAUUAAGUUACACAUAUCAAAUCAUGGAUCAGAAAUCAAAGAUGGCUGACAAGUGGCCAUCUCUAACUUUGAGGAUUGAAGUUUGUCAGCUUUUUUUCUCAUUAAGUACUUAUUAGAUCUUUCUCCAAUUUCACAUAAAGGUUUUCCAUAGUAUUUAGUUACGCAUAUCAUAAUAUGGGACUGAUAAAAAAACGAAGAUGGCUGACGGGUGGCUAUCUUGAAUUUUGAGAGUUGAACUUUGUUAGAGCUUUUUCUCAGAGUAUCUGAGGGAUCUUUCUUGAAUUUCACAUGAAGAUUAUCUGUCGCCCUUAGUAAUGCAAAUUUAAUUGUGGGACUGAUCACAAAAUCAAGAUGGCUGACAGGUGGCAAUCUUGAAUUUUGAAAGUUUAAAUUUAUUGGCGCUUUUUCUAAGAAAGUCCUGGAAGGAUCUUUCUUAAAUUUGAUAUUAAAAUUUACCAAUGGUGCAUUACAAAUUCUUGCACUGAUCGCAAAAACAACAUGACUGACAUGCUGCCAUCUUGAAUGUUGAGAGUUUAAGUUUGUUAGUGCUAUUUCUCAGAAAGUACUGAAGGAAUUCUUCUCAAAUUUCAUAUGAUGGUUUUCCAUACUACUAAGCUAUGAAUGUUGAAUUUUUUAACUGAUCUGGAAACCAAAAUGGCUGACAGGUAGCAAUCUAUAAUUAUGAGAGUUAAAGUUUGCACUAUUAAGAAAGUACUGGAGGUAAUUUUCUUGAAUUUAACUAUAAGUUUUUUAAUGGUCUGUUCUUAUGAAUAUGAAAUUUUUGGACAGAUCGAAAAAAAAAAAAGGAUGGCCACCUGACAGCCAUCUUGAAUUUUUGACAAUUCAAUUUCGUUAUUACUAAUGUAUGUUCCCAUUGGUCCCCUUUUGGGAAAAUACCCCUGGCCCUAAUGAUAAUUCAACUGUCAUUGGCAGCACUUCUAAGUUAAUGUACAAAAUUCCCAUUUAGGAUUUCUUUCAUGGGACUGGGUAAUAGUACCUGUUACGAAAAUGAACAGCAAAGAGGUCUGACAAAGAUCCAUUCAUGGUGGGGCACCAAGAUCCUUCUAGGAUCUCUUGUUGUAUUAAGUUGUGUUAACUGUUUUUUUGAUGUGUUGAAAAAUCUUUGGCCAUGCCAGUGUUGUAGGCAUGGUUUGGAGCAACACAUUUGGUAAGGUACUGUAACCUGUUUGUUGACAAGAGUGAUACUGUAAGGAGAUAGUUCCUUUUACGCAUGCCAAGUUGUAUAUUAACAUUUAAGUAACAGGCCUAGAUUAUGAAUAUAUUUUCAGCUCAUUUGGUGUGAGUUGCGUGUAAGCUUAUGGUAUAGGUUGGUAUCAGGUGUCCGGUAUUUAUAUUUUGCUUAUUUUUAACUAAUCACCAUCAGAAGUGGGCUGUCAUUCGUCCGUGGUUCAUCAGUCCAUCAUUCCAUCUAUCCUUAAACAAUUCUUGCCAGUGCUAUUACUCAGAAAUUACUGGAGGGAUCUUGCUCAAAUUUCAUGUGGCAGUUCCCAAUGGUCCUUCGUUAUUAUCAAUUUUGGGUGUUAUCAGACAGCUGUGAUGGCCAACAGGCAGCCAUCUUUAAUUUUUAGAGUUUAAGUUUGCUAGCACUAUUUCUUAGAAAGUAAGGGAGAGAUCUUCCUCAAAUGUGAUAGGCAGGUUUCCCUUCGUCUAUAACUGGGUAGGUUUACUUGUCAGACUGAUUGGGAAAAUGACCGAAUUGUGUCCAUCUUUUGACAGUAAAUGUUUGUAAUUAUCUCUAUUUCUCAAAAAAGUAUCAGAACUAGAGGAAUCUUCCUCAAAUUUGUUAUGUAAGUUCCUUUUGGUCUUUACUUGUGCAUGUAUUCUUUUGAGACUGAUCACUUAAUCAAAAUGGCCGACAGAUGGCUAUCUCGGGGUUCAACAGUUAAGAUUUGUUAUCACUUUCGCAGAAAGCACUAAAGGGAUUUUUAUCAAAUUUGAUAUGUUGGUUCUCCUUGAAGUAUAGCUGUGCAAGUAUACUUUUUAGACUGAUUGGAGAAACAAAACGGAUGAUAGGUAACCAUCUUGGAUUCUGACAGUUCAGAUUUGUUAUUGCUAUUUCACAGAAGUACUAGAGGGAUCAUUUUCAAUUUUGAUUUGUAAGGUCCCCUCCAUCUGUAGUUGUGCAUGUUUGUUUUUGAGACUGAUCAGAUCAUCAAAAAUGCUGACAGGGGGUCAUUUUGAAUUUUGACAGAAAGUACUGGAGGAAUCUUUCUCAAUCUUUACAUGUACUGUAUGUUUCCCUUGGUUCCUUGUUAAAAAUACUCCUUAAUGCCCUAAUGAGAACUCAUCCCUCAUUGACAGCGCUUCUAUUAUGUAAGAAUUACUUAUUUUGGUAAUUUUCGAAUGGUUAUGAAAUUCUUAACAUUUGCCAUAGUAGCAAAAUACAUAAGACAUUACAAAGUUUAAGUUAGUGUAUAAGAUUCCUGUUUAGUAUUUCAAGCAUGGGAAUUGUAAUAGUAUCUUUCAGGAAAAUGAACAGCAAAGAAGGUAAAAUAUCACCUUUUGUAAAUUUGAUCAAUAUUUUUUCAUGGUGGAUGCCAAGAACCUUCUAGGAUUUGUUAUUUUUGAAUGUCAAAAUUUUAGAACUCGAAAAGUACAUAUUUUGGGUCAUGAUAUUUGGCAAGUACCUACCAGGGAUGGAGAGCAAUAUAAAAUUUCCUCAAAUGAAGUACAUGUACAUAUUUUUAAGAUGGAAGGGGUUAAAUGUAAGAAGUCUGGAGGGCUAAAACCAUAAUAACUCAGUAUGUUAUUAAGUGUGCAUCAUUUCUUAGGUUAGUGCUUGAUUUAAAGGCUAACUUUAGGAGGUUAGCAUAUAGGCUAAUAUUUGAUGGAAGGUUUUAAAAUCUUUCAAGUUUCAAAAGACCAAGCAUCCUGUGGUGAGGUUCUAUUAUCUUUCCUUUGUCAAGUCACAGGGGUCAAAUGUGUUGAAAUCUCUAAUUCUAAAGAUCUGUAAGGCCAGGAGUAACAACAAAAUCACAGGGGUCAAAUGUGUUAAAUCUCUAAUUCUAAAGAUCUUUAAGGUCAGGAGUAACAACAAAGUCACAGGGGUCAAAUGUGUUAAAUCUCUAAUUCUAAAGAUCUGUAAGGCCAGGAGUAACAACAAAAUCACAGGGGUCAAAUGUGUUAAAUCUCUAAUUCUAAAGAUAUGUAAGGCCAGGAGUAACGAUUAAGGGAUAAAAAUCAAUAACAUGUGUUCAAAUAAAUUACUUUCCCACUUUUAAGUCAUAUGGGUGAAAUGUAAUAAAAGUUGUAACACUCUUUCUGAAGAUGGCAUUAGAUCUGCAAUAAUGAUGUUGGCUUGUAUCUUACUUUAGUGAAGUUCUAUAAAGUUAAGGUCACAGGGGUCAAAAUUUGUAAAUAAACACAAAUAUAGGUAGCUUAUACAGGCAGAUACCAUGCUAUUACAUGACUCAUCUUGAAAAUAAUUGUUGAUGUGUUCGUGGAUAAUUUACUCAGAUGCUUCCAAAUGUCAACUUGGCUGCGUUUAUUUGUUGUUAAUCAUAUCUCAUGUACUAGUACAUGUCUGUAGAAUAUGUAACAUAAUGUGUGCCAAUUCAUUUAUUCUUGUUUUUAUUAAAUAUUUACUUGCGCAUGUAUUCUUGGUCCAAGUAUUAGAGUUAUUGGUAACUUGCCAUUUUAGUAUUCCUGGUCCAACAAGGUGUUACAUGAUUUUAUAUUAUCAUUGUUGCUGAUUCUUAGUGUUGCUGAUAUUAUAUUUUACCAUUUGAAGGUUGUGUUAUAUGUGCAUGUUGUGCUUCAGUUUUUAUAUCUUUUUUUCAAUACACUAGAUUUCAUAGCAUUGUAUUAAGUCGAAGACUAGAUGUACAUUACUGUAUACUUGUCUGAAAGGUUUAAAAUUUUAAAAAAAUGUUAAUAUUAUUUCUAAAGAACCUCCCCUUUAAUUGUUGAAGCUUAAUUUAUAGACAAUCAUCUGAUGAUGAUGGGCUAUUCAAUUCAGCCUUUGUCCGUGUUCCCUGGUCUGUUCUAAAACAAAUCUUGUUAUCUUUAUUUCUCAUGAAGUACUGGAGAGGUCAUGCUCAAAUUUUAUCUGUAGGCUCCCCUUGGUUCCUAGUUGUGCAUAAUUACUUUAGAGACUGUUCGGAUAUAAAAAUGGCUGACAGAUGACCAUCUUGAAUUUUCACAGUUAAGUUUUAGUAUUUCUUUUCUCAGAAAAUAUUGGUGGGAUCUUUAUCCCUUCUCAUGUAUGCUUUCCUUAUGUGAAAAAUACCCCUGGCCCUAAUGAUAAUUCACUCCUCUUGGACAGCUCUUCUAAAUAUGUAAGGAUUACAAAUCAGCAUUUUGCAUAUAAAGUUACGAAAUUUUUAUACAAAUCACAUGGCAUUACAAAGUUUAAGUUAAUGUACAAGAUUCCCGUUUAGGGUUUCCAUCAUGGGACUGGGUAUAAGUACCUGUUAAGGAAAUGGACAGCAAAGAUAUCAUCUUUUGUAGAUCUGAUUAAGAUCCUUCCAUGAUGGGCGCCAAGAGCCCCCUCAGAUAUCUUGUAAACAAUCUCUCAUAGUGAUAGGUAAUUUUGAUCACAUCCAAUUAGUUUGUAAAAUCCUGAAUGAGAAUGUGAAGUUUUGGUAAUAGUAUUGGUUAUAAGUUGUGCAUGAUUAAAUUUGAAACUGCUUCGGAGAACAGACAGCCAUCUUACAUUUUUACAUUUUAAAGUUUGUUAUCACUAUUUCUUUAGAAAUACUGGAGGGAUCUUCAUAAAGUCUAAGGGGGAUAUUUUUCAAACAACACAAGUCCAUUUCCCUUGGUCCUUAGUUGUGCAUGUCUAGUUCUAGAGCGAGGCUGUCAUCUUUGAAUUUGACAUUUGUCAUAGCACAGAAAAUGCUGGAGGGAUCUUUCUCUACGUCUCUAUCUGGCACCCUCUUGGUUCUUGCUAGCAUGACUAUGAAUCCGACAGGUACGAGAAAGUAGGAAAAAAAUAUGAUUUUACUGUGGGGGAUGCACAGGACUAAAUAGGAUUUUACUGUGGGUGAUGCACAGGACUAAAUAGGAUUUUACUGUGGGUGAUGCACAGGACUAAAUAGGAUUUUACUGUUGGUGAUGCACAGGACUAAAUAGGAUUUUACUGUUGGUGAUGCACAGGACUAAAUAGGAUUUUACUGUGAGGGAUGCACAGGAAUAAAUAGGAUUUUACUGUGGGUGAUGCAGAGGACUAAAUAGGAUUUUACUGUGAGGGAUGCACAGGACUAAAUAGGAUUUUACUGUUGGUGAUGCACAGGGCUAAAUAGGAUUUUACUGUGAGGGAUGCACAGGACUACAUAGGAUUUUACUGUGGGUGAUGAACAGGACUCAAUAGGAUUUUACUGUGGGGGAUGCACAGGACUAAAUAGGAUUUUACUGUGGGGGAUGCCAAGUUCUCAUCCUGUCCUUGUUUACUGCCAUAUUGUUUUUUGCUUUACUUUCCAGAUUGUUUUUCCAUAAAAUGGCAUUCUGCUGUUCACAAGUCUUCCAGUAAGUUAGUGGUAUUGUUCGUCCCUGUUUGAACUUGUAAUUUGUUUGAAUCACAACAGAUUUGGUUGUUCACCAAAUCAACACAUGAUUGUCAGAUGAGUAAUACCUUGAUAAAUUGUUGGUAACCCAGAAAAUUGGUUUGUGUGAGAAAGACCUAUCCUACUAUACACUUGUACAGUGAAUACAUAUCUGAUAUACAGGGUUAUUGUGUCAUUGAGUUUAGUGCAUGCGUUUUAUGAAUAUACUGAGUAUGUAUACAUUUUGUUUACUUUCCUUUAUUUGUGUUCAUUUUGCAAGACCGAGCUGAAGCUUCUGGUCUUAUGCCGGAAUAGGCAAAUAUUACAGAAGUUGAGUUUUUCAUUGAUUUUAUUUUCAUUCACUAUCCUUAUCAUUGUUCGUGUAAAUGCUAUUAUUUUAGUGUGCCAUAUUUAGUUAUUCAUUCAAUUAAACCAUCAACCUUUUGAUCUAUCAAACUUGAUUUAUUUUCUUGGAUUUUGAGAAUGACCCAAACUUAAUAACUCUUACAUUUACCUUAUUUUAGCUCUGUGGCAUUAUGUUACCUUAUUUUAGCUCUGUGGCAACCCGAUAUGUUAACAAAUCCUUUGAUAUAACAUAUUUCAUUAUAUGACAGGCUGAGGGUUGGGAGAAUUAUUGUAAAAGCCAAAUUGAAUAUGCACGCUACUUUAUGUAUCAUAUGUUUUACCCAUGUGUCUGUUUACGCUGCUAUGAGACCCAAGCUAUUCCCCCGCAUUUCAUCCAAAUUGAUUUUGCACAUCAUGAAAUGGGAUCUCACAGUUAAAUUAUAAAUUGAUAUGGUCAGGUUUUUUUCUCUCCGGUUCAUUUUAACCUUAUAAAACAAUUUGAUAGAAAAAUUAUGGGAAAGGAAGAACUUCUAUGAAAUCCCAUUUGAAAGAGCUUUUGUUGAACCUCGCAGCUCAAAUAUUAAAAUUGAUAUAAUUUAUAAUGAAAUUAACGCAGUAUCCCUGAUAAGCCACAAAAACAAUUUCCCUUUUACAAAGAUAUUGUAGGCCAUGAUGGUGUGUUAUGAGGUGGUCUUGUUUACACUGAGGCAUGUUUUUACAUGAAGGGUUGCAUUGCCACACAGCUCUAUGAAAAAAAUACCUAAUGAACGUCUCAUUUAAAAACAAGUCCAUUUACUACUAGUAAACUAUGCAUAAGACGUCAACAUGAAUCGGAUUUAGGGGCAGGGACGACAGGAGUGUAAAAGGAUGUAAGAAUUGUCAAAUUAAGAUGAAUUACAGUCACAAUUUAAAAAAUAAGAAAGAAAGUUAAGCAUGUUACUGUAAUUUGGUUGUGGUGAAUUGUUGGUAGCAUUAAGCAUUGGAUACGUUUUUUGUCAUGUUAUACACUAGUGUUGUUAUAUUAUGUAUUUGCCAUGAAGCCCUUCUCAUUGUAUAUAUCAUGUGGGCGGAGCAACGUUCUUGCAUUGCAUUGCAUGUUGAAUCUCUAGUCAGUUUUAGUUUGAACCCUGUCCCCGUGUUAUCUUACCCUGCAACCUGGUUUGUUGUCCCAUUUUUCAAAAAGAAAAAAAAAACAUAAAUGUCUCUUACAGUCUUUAAUAAUUCAAAUGUGUAUUCAUAGCGUUUGUGCAACAGAUUUACUCCAUGUUACGUUUUGAAAACAUGUUUGAAGCAUAAAUUUGUGCUUUCAUAAAGGUUGAGAUUAGGUAGUCCUUACACAUCUCGCACAACACAGGCUAACUUCAGUUUUGAGGGUAUAAUUAAGCUGUCAGCUCAGCUCUUUGGUAUACUUUCAUACAAGCUCUCAACGCCACUCGAUAUGAUUGGUUUUCAUUACCUUGAAGUGUAUGACAGAAAUACCAGAAUGGUCUCUGAUUCGGAAACAUUUACAGCUGAAUAAUUUUGGUUGAAGUGUCAGAACUUGAGGUUUCAUUUUUUCACAUUUAAGCUGAUGUUAGUGUGGAAGUGUGUAAUAUGCGCAAGCUGUUACAUACUGACAUGCGUUACUUUUACUUGAAGUUUUAAUGCUACUAUAAUAUAUAAUAGUAAUGAAAAUAUUGAAAAUGUUUGAUGAUUGAUUUUCCAUACAAAUUACAUUUUCCACUUUAAAUCUAGAUAGACUCAAAAUAACAAAAACAAAUAUAAAACAAAUUGUUUAACUAUUAGAUGAAGUAUAGUCAGUCUGAGAGCUUUUGGAAAUAAAAUCCAUACCUGGUUACCAUAGACAUAUAGAUAUACACCAUAUGGAAACCAGAUUCAUAGUUACCAAAGACUUAAUCUACACGCAGUAACAACAGACUUACCAGAACUUAACAAUGCUUUAUUGAAGACGUGUUGACUUAUAUCUUUUUAAUUUAUUUACUGUUGAUGUAAAAUGCUUUUGAGGUUCACACUCUUGAGUAUCUCUGGUUAAAUUAUAGAAAACUGAUAACUAAUGGUAACACUGUAGGAGUUACAAAGAACUUGUUCACAAUGUAUGAGUAGCACUACCAUCUGUAUAUCUGAUUCACAUUCACUGGAUUGCUAGUUACUGUUUAAUAACUGAAAAUGAAAUCCUGAAAGUUUUGUUCAGUAUCUAUAAAGAAGAUUGUAUUAGACAUACGAAGCAUGUCCAUUGUUUUAUAUAAACGUUGCAUUUACAUCCAGUUUACUAUAAUGAGGAGGGGUCCUGUAACUGGUCGAGGACACUCCCUGAUGUAACAGUAUAGGCAAACUGAUUACGAAACAUCACGAAAUUGCUUUUUAUCAAAAUUAUGAACUAACUUCAGCUCUGUUGAUAUGUAUUGACUUUUAUGAAUGAAUUGUUAUUCAAAACAAAGUGCAUUUCCUUUGAAGGCAAUGUUCAAAAACGAUUUUUGUGAUAUUGUUUAUUGAAAUUAAUUUUAGAUUGGAAAAAAAUAAUGCAAACGAUUUUCCAUUGUAUUGUUUCUAUUAUAAACAAAAGCUGGACUUUUAUGGGUGUUAGGACCAGGGCAAUGUUUGUGCCGUGUUAGACGCAUGCUUUUAUACCAUGUACCUACAUAUAUACCAAAUGUUACAAUAAAAAGUGUGUAUUUAGCUA